GGUGGCGUGCUAUCUGCCUGAAGGAUCUCUUAUCGGCCCCAGACUUCGACAGGAUGACUGAUGAGCGCUUCACGGGGGAUGGCAUCAGUCACGUGGUACGGUCACGUGGCUACCAGGAAGCCGCGGUCUGUUUACCUGUCAUCCGUACACUGCGACACCGAGCAUCCUUUAUGUGUAUGAUGAAAUCCGACCCGCUUUGAUAAUGUGAAUUCCCUCGCGACUCCAUGUUUGUGCCGACGAUGUCCGUCUCCAUCAUCCCCCCCGUGACCGUCUGAGUGUCAGCAUGGCAUCUUCAGGUUACACUUGCCUCCAAGACAACGCCACAGAAAAGGACAGGCUCCUCUCCUCUGUGGCUAGCUAUGGGCCCCGGGACCUUCUUGGGGCUGGGAGCCCCCGUCCCACUAGUCUGGUGGGCUCUGAGCCCCGCCAACAGCAGGAGGAAGAGGAGGAGGUCCUAAGGAGGAAGCUAAAGUACUUCUUUAUGAGCCCAUGUGACAAGUAUCACGCCAAGGGCCGCAAGCCUUUCAAACUGGCCCUGCAGCUGCUCAAAAUCAUCAUUGUGACUCUACAGUUGGUGCUGUUUGGGCUGAGCAACCAGAUGGUGGUGACAUUUAAAGAGGAAAACACGGCUGCAUUCAAGCACCUUUUCCUUAAGGGUUACCAGGACAACGCUCCUCAGGCUGUCCACUCGCAGAAGGAACUAUACAGCCGCAUCCACUUUACCAUAGAGCAGUACAUGGCUCUGUCAGAGAUCUCACUGGGACGGUAUGCAUACGUGUCGGGCGUCGGUGUAAAUGGAAGUGCGCUUUCCCUCUGCCAGAGGUACUACAGGGGCACCAUCGACCCCGUCAACGACACCUUUGACAUUGAUCCCUAUGUUGUCACCGAUUGCAUUGGACUGAAUCCACCGACUUACAGUUCUGCUCCAGGAAACAGGGACUACAAGAAUUUAACUCUCCAGUUUGACAUGCUGAUCAAUGUAACAAUUGACUUCCAGCUGAAGGCCAUCAACAUUCAGACCAUUAUAAAUAAUGAAAUCCCCGACUGCUACACCUUUGCUAUCACGAUUGUCAUGGAUAACAGGGCACACAGCGGCAAAGUUAAGAUCAGUCUACAGAACCAGGCCUCUAUAAAGGAGUGUAGAGACCCCAACGUGUCUGGACACGCGGAGAGCUAUGCACGGGAGUUCCUGGACGUGGUGGUGGCGUUUGUCUGUCUGCUGUCCCUGCUGCUGUGUGGGCGCUCCAUCCUCAGAGGCAUCCUCCUGCAACAUGAGUACGUGCAGUUUUUCAAACACAAACUUGGCCGCAGUGUGAGCUGGGGAGACAGAAUGGAGUUCAUCAAUGGCUGGUAUAUUCUGCUCAUCAUCAGCGACAUGUUCACCAUCAUCGGCAGCUUCAUCAAAAUUGGGAUCGAGUCUAAGACCUUUUCAUCAUAUGACAUGUGCGGAAUCCUGCUGGGAACCUCCACUCUGCUGGUGUGGGUGGGAGUCAUCCGCUACCUCAGCUUCUUUCAGAAAUACAAUGUAGGUAUAAGCCACACACACACACACACACACACACACACACACAGUAAAGAUCAUCUUUCUUCUUCUCUUAUCUCACAGAUCUUGAUUGUGACUCUAAGAGCUGCUUUUCCUAAUGUUAUCCGCUUCUGCUGCUGUGCAGCUGCCAUUUAUAUGGGAUAUUGCUUCUGUGGAUGGAUUGUGCUGGGGCCGUAUCAUGCCAAGUUUCGUUCCCUGUCCAAAGUGUCAGAGUGCCUGUUUUCUCUGAUCAACGGAGACGACAUGUUUGUAACGUUCGCUGAGAUGGAGCAUAGCGGCACAUUGGUGUGGAUCUUCAGCCAGGUCUACCUAUACACCUUUAUCUCCCUCUUCAUCUACAUGGUGCUGUCCCUCUUCAUUGCACUCAUCACCGGAGCCUACGACACCAUUAUGGCCCAAAAACAGGAGCAGGUACGCGUCACCGAUCUGCACACGUUCAUUGCAGAGUGCACAGACACGCCCAGUUCUGGCAAGUUCCGUGGGCCUGAGGGGUCGUCAUGCUCCUUCCUCUGCUGCUGUGACUGAGGAGGAAGAGGAGGAGUAGGAGGAGGAGGAGGAGGAGGAGGAGGGGGAGGCGGCGGCACAGAGGGAGUAAGCCGUGUGUGUGUGUGUGUGUGUGUGAAAGGGCACUUUCUUUUUUCUCUUCAAAGCACUAUAUUUCCACUCCAGUUACAGCAGAGUGCAUUUCCACUCCUUUUCUCAGAUACCCAGCAGGGACGAUAAAUGCCUUGAGAGUGAACAGACUGACCUUGGACCACGUUGUCCGUUUGAAUUUUGCAUUUAAAUUUGUGCUGGAAUGGUAGAACGCACUGCACAGUCACAAGCCCAAUUACCUGCUUAGGCUUUUGUACUGUAUGAAUAAUUUAUUUUCUCUUUCUGAAAUGUCAGUUUGAUAGGGCUUUGAUGACUACACACAUAAUGCCAGUAAACAUAUUCAUUGCUGUAGACUGGACACAGGGUCCAAUAGCUAAAUGGCUGCAAUUUUUCACUUGAAUGAUCCACUAUGUACAUGGUUUUUAUUAUCAUUUUAUUGUCCACAUGGCUACCCAGGUGACAGGAUUUUUGUGCCUCUUGAUUAUGUAAAUAGAUGUAUGUCCUCUGGAUGUUAAUAGCAGAGGUAGAAUAGACACAAAAGACAGCCAGGUAAGCAUUAGCUUCGGCAACAUUUUCCCUCAACGCUGUUCCUCCACUCCUGUUUUCAUUGUUCACCCCUCGUCCCCUUUGUUCAUGUCCUCUUCUGGCCUGAGGGAGAUGAAGACCGCAUGAGAAAGGACAAGCCCCGCAGCCAACCAGUUAAGUCAUCAAUAUGUAUGAACUGUUUUUGCUGUAAAGACCCAGGUGACUGCAUGGGAGACAGCGCCUUUCUACUGUCUGCAAGUGCUCUGUUCAAGGAUGUAAAAUAGUAUUCCUAUAGAAAAUAAGGGUGUUGUUAGCACUGUCGCCUCACAGCAAGAAGGUCUUGGGUGCAAACCUUGGUCAUCCCAGGCCUUUCUGUGUGGAGUUCUCCUUGUGUCUGCGUGGGUUAUCUCCGGGUGCUCCGGCUUCCUCCCACAGUCCAAAGACAUGCAGGUUAAUAGGUUAAUUGGUGACUCAAAAAUUGCCCUUAGGUGUGGAUGUGAGUGUGAAUGGUUGGUUGUCUCUAUGUGAUAAACUGGCGACCUAUCCAGGGUCUGUCCUGUCAGCUGGGAAUGGCUCCAGCCCUUCCGCGACCCUCCACAGGAUAAGUGGUUAGUGGAUAGAAAAUCAGGAUUCAAACAAUGUCAAGUGAUGCUUAAAGAGAGCUGUGUCAUUGUAGAACAUUUUAGAAGCUGCACAUUGUGCUAGACUAUGCUGCCUUACAAAAGCAGAGAGCAAUAACUGUAAAGGGGUUGAAGUUUGUAGGCUCUUAGCCAAAUUUAACCAAGAUUCAGUGAAACUGAGAACCGCCCACCGGACGGAUGAUGGUGCAAGGCAUGAAGGAUGUAUGUGGUAUUAUUGCCAUUUUUGAUUUAGUUAAUUUACAUACCGCAGCAAAGCACACACCGGUGCGGAGUACAAUGGGCUUCCAUUCUUUAACAAAGCUAACACCUGCGCUGUAGUAACGUUAUAACUAAAUUUCUACAGAAAACAACAUUAAAAACAGCUGCAGGUAUCCAACAUAUUACGUUUGUUAUUUAGUGAGCUUCAAAUGAGGUUUUCCGUUCACGGUUUCUCUUGACUGUCCAUCAGUAUCACAUUAGCCGCUCAAUAUGCUAACACCAACCUACUAACUUACAAAAUAAACAGUAAAACAACACAAAACACAGCAACUUACAGCUUCCAAGUUUUAAGUCGGGUCACGUACAUCCCAUGGUGAUCCGUACUUGACCCGUUACAGAGCUCGUUACACUUGUGGAAUAUUUGAAGCACUAAUUUAUUAAUUGAACACACACUGAAGUGGAUAUGAACACUGCGUUUUUUGCGGCACUUGCCAUCCUUUACGGUUGGCUUUCAAUUUUGCGGUUAUUACAACUGCCCUAACACAGAGAUUCUUGGCUGUCAAACUUUAAGGGACCACGCAGUUGUUAAUGAAACUGGUGUCUUUGUCAAGAAGGGCCAAUGGCCAGCAUCUCAAUUUAAUCAGAGUUUAGGAGCUAGAACUUAUGUGACACUCAGUUUUUCAAAGCAGACAAUAAUUUGGGAAUGAUCAUCCACAUACAGAUGAGUAUCAUCAGCAUUGCAUUGGAAAUUAAUUGCUUGACUGCGUAUAAUUUGGCCAAGAGGUGUAAUAUAUAAAGAGAAAAGCAGAGGGCCAAGAACAGAGCCCUGUGGUACUCCAUAUUUCACAUGAGAAAUGUUUGAUGUGAUAUUGUAGGAAAAACAGUGUGUUCUUUCAGAUAAGUAAAACUUUAACCACGUAAGAGCCAGGCCGGAGACCUUGAAAUAGAUUUUUCAGUCUGUCUAGGACUAUACAGUGAUCUAUGGUGUCAAAAAUCACACUGACAUCCAAUAGAUGCACUGAGGUAAAAUCCAAAUCCAUUAUAAGUAAAGAUCAUUCAUCAAUUUGGUAAGUGGAGUUUCAAUGGAGCGGCAGGCACUAAAAGCAGAUCGAAAAGGUUCAAAAAAGUUACUGAUGUGUUCUGAGACGAAACUCUUUCUAGUACUUUUUAAAAGAAUGGAAGGUCUGAGACAGGUAAGUAUUAUUAAAAGACCCUGGAUCAAGGUAUGGUUUCUUAAGUCGAGGUUUAACCACAGCAGCCUUAAAGCUAGUGGGUACAGUGCCAGUUGUAAGUGAUUCAGCAUUGUAGGUCGCAGAGAUGACCAGAGGUCUUUGAAAAGGUUAGCUGGUAGAAGGUGGAGGAGGUAGGUGGUUGGUUUAGAAGCCCAGACCAGGAUUUACGUAAAUUUGUGUCUCAGUGUCGUGCAGCCUGCUGGAGAGCACAUGUUUCUUCAUUAAACCAGGGUAUAGGCUUUUUGAACGUCUUGUUUUGGUAGAAAGAGGUGAAUCCAGGAGACUAAAAGGGGCUGUGUUUAAGUUACUGUUUUAAAUAUCUGUUGCUGCAGUGAAAAGCGCAAGGACCAAGUGCAGGUAAAGUUGAGGGACCAAGAUGGGGAACACAAAAAUAGAUCUUUCAAUUCCAGGAAACAGAAAAAAGUGGGUAAAUUAGGUGUUGCUAAGGAUAUUUUCCCAGCUAGCUUUAACUAGCUGUCACUGCAGUUUGGUUUUUGACCUCUGUUUACUAGUUCUUGACAAUUUUCCAUGCUGUUUUUUUCCUCCCAAAAAAGUUCUACAGUAUAAUAACAUUGAUGGUAAGGUAUGAUGUCAAAAAGUCAGACACCUGUCUUAAGUCAAUUGUGAGGAAAAUAUGAAGUUACUGUGUAUUGACUUUGGAGGGUAUGUAUGCAGCUUAUAGAGUUGUGUCUGUAUUUUAUAUAAUGUGUCAGACUUGGGCACUGACAUUGAAGCCAUGUGUAAAAGGGUAAUUGCUUUUUUAUCUUUAAAAAAGCUAGGGCAUUUCUACAAACCAGCAGUUCUUCAUUUACCCUUUUAAAGAAUAUUCAGAAUACCACUCUUGUUAAAGAAACUUAAAGUGGUAAUGUCAUUCCAGCAUGCUGCAUGGAGGCAUAUGAAGGUCACUGUUCAAUGGAAAAGAUAUGAUCUCUGCACAAAAUGUGUUUCAGGAUUUAAUGGUACAUUUUUUUUUAUUGCUCACUUACAUGCUAACUUAAAUUAAUUAAUAUUGUAUGUGUUUCCUUUUAAUUAAUGUUUAUUUACAAACAAGAUGGAUGUAUAGCUUAAUAGGAUUUAAAUGUUUCACAAGGGAGCUAUAUAGCACAAUGGAGCAAAGCAAUGUAAUGCAACUGUUAGUGUUGUCCUCCUGACACUUACGGGAAGGUUCUUUUAAUGCCACUUUGAUUUAAUGGUAACUGUGUUAUUGCUUAUCAUUUGUUUACUUGUCUUUUGUAUGCUGUCUUAAUUAUUUUACCUCAUACUGCCAGUAAUAGCUAAAAGUGAGUUUCUCACUUUCUGUACAGGAGGAAAUUGUACAGGUUCUUAUCUUCACUGGUAUUGAAUCUUUUAUGUGAAGAUGCUGCAUUUUGAAUUAAAGUACAUGUCAGCAAAAUAAACUGGAAAGACUGA